AGUGCUGCAGCGCCCCCUGGCGGGUGCACGACGCAGCCCCUCAGGCCGCCAUUUGUCAGUCGCCGGGGCAGCUCCGGGCUCACCCCGGCGCCGCCGGAGCCCCGGGCAUGAAUAGUUGUUGUGUGCGUAGCGACUGGGGGGUGUGGUGGAAAUGAUGGUUUGUGAUGUUCAGAAAUGAGCUGCACGAUCGAGAAGGCGCUGGCGGACGCGAAGGCACUGGUGGAGCGGCUGCGGGAACACGACAGCGCGGCUGAGGCACUCAUCGAACAGACCACGGCGCUCAACAAGAGGGUUGAGGCCAUGAAACAGUACCAGGAAGAAAUCCAAGAGCUCAAUGAAGUAGCAAGACAUCGCCCUCGGUCCACGCUGGUGAUGGGGAUCCAGCAGGAAAACAGACAGAUUAGGGAAUUGCAGCAGGAAAAUAAAGAACUACGCACAUCUCUGGAGGAGCAUCAGUCUGCUCUGGAGCUCAUCAUGAGCAAGUACAGAGAACAGAUGUUCAGGCUGCUUAUGGCCAGCAAAAAAGAUGACCCAAGUAUAAUAACAAAGUUAAAAGAGCAACAUUCCAAGGAGCUGCAGGUGCAUGUGGACCAGAUCACCGAAAUGGCAGCAGUGAUGAGAAAGGCCAUUGAGAUCGAUGAGAGGCACGGCUGCAAAGAGCAGGAACGCAUCACCCAGCUCGAGCAAGAAAACAAAGGCCUGAGAGAAAUCCUCCAAAUCACUAGAGAAUCAUUUCUGAACCUCAAGAAAGAGGAUGCGUCAGAGAGCACUUCCCUGUCAGGAUUAGUGACAAGCAGUGAUUUGAGCCUGAGGAAAAGCUAAGGACUGUGGGAACCAGAAAGCCUCAAUUGCACACUUUCCCAACGGAGCAUCAGGGCUCACUGGUCAAGCACUUGUUCCUGAAUAGGGCACCAGCAAGAGGACGUGUCAAACUCCAGCUCAGUGGCUUUUAUACUGUGUGAAAUAAAUUACAUUGGUGUGACAGACUCAUUGCCAUAGGUCUGACUCCAGCAGGAAAUGGAUUCACGGGAAUUCCUUUUAUAUGAAAUCAUUUUGCAGAUAAAAGAUGAGAUUUCAAAUAACUUAUAUAAGUUAUUGCUCAUGCAAAGUUUCAGUGCAACUAUUCUAAUAAGAAAAGGUAAGAUUUCAAGUCCAAUCUCUGGCUAAAAAGGAGUAACUUAUGAAUAUGCUUUGUGCGUGAUCCACAUUUUUUCCUUUGGUUUCUUUUUUAAUAAAUCCUCAUUUUGCAACAAACCUGUUUGAUGGAAAGGGCAGAGAGGCAGAAAAAGCCACAUUGGAGAAGGAAUAGAUGGGACUAAACUUCCUAACUGGGAAAUAGCAACUGGAAAGCACCCAAGCAGUGGCUGCAGAAAGGUGGGUGGGAGGAGGAGCAGCUCAGGGCAAGGGUGGCAGCCUGCAAUUAAUACUCUGAUUUUCCCUUUCUUCAGUACUAAUCAGUCACCAAAAAGGUUUUAAGGUGAGUUAAGCAGAGCUGAACUACUCUGAAAUCACGCCUUAUGCAAGUUUGAUUUUCAGUGACAACAACACAGAAGGAACUCAGAUCCAGCACUUCCAAGGGUGCCAGUUUAAAUCCAGCUUCCUGGGCCUCCAUUAAUUUAUAUGCAGAAAGGACAGAUAAAUCAGCUCAUUUUCACAGCACAUUUUAUAAAUGGAGAAACUGCUGCUUCUCCUCCCAGAGCACCUUCUAGGCUUAACAACACACUGAGGACAUCCACCUGCAUGGAAACAAAGUUAGAACCAUUUCCAAACUUGCUCAACAUCCAAGGGAAAUUUUUGGGGGAACAUUUUAGCUCCAGCACAGAAUAUUCUUGCCUGCUGUUAUUUUCUGUAAAACCUUGCCGGUGCUGCUCUGAUUUAGAUUUUGCAUUUCUGCCGUGGUUUGCCAGAAGCAACAUCUUUUUUUCACUGGAGUGUUCUGUUGUUGCAAACUUUAUGAGAGAUUUUGGGUUCAGUUGCUGAAGUUCCUGUUUCUGGAAGCAUUUUUUCAGCCAUUGACUGGUGUCAGAGACAGUUCCACCCCUUGGAUGCUGAUGCAGCUCCAUGGCUGAAUUCUGGCUUGACUUCUGACUCCAGAAGAGGGUUGUUGGUCUGUGGCAACACUUGGAGGUUGCUCUAUUAUGAAAUAAUGCUUGAUUAGUGUUUAUUUUUGUAAAUUGAAGAGAAAUGCAACUUAAUUUAUCUACUCCCAGCCCUCACAUUUGAUAUGUCUCCCCUCUCACCCCUCUGCCCUGAUCACUUCAGGAUUCUGAAGAGCCUUCACAGUGUGUGGAGUGACUAUUUUUCAUGGCAUACCAUUAUUUUUGUAACUCGGAUGGCUUGGAAAGGAUUUAUGGCUAGAAUUGUGUACUGUAUAGGAAACUUAUUUUAUCAAUAAAGCUGACUGAAAACACA